AUGCGCACUCCUAACCUCAUCUAUUCAUGGAAAGAUCCAUUCCAUCAGCUUCGUGUUACAUUAAUAAUUAAUGCUAUGGAUUCACUAAAAGAAAUAGCUAACUCCAUAGCAUUGUGUUGUCGAAGAGUGGCUGGUUCGCAUAGGUCGUCUAUGCAAGAAAGAAUUGAAGCAGGGAGAGGGUUGUCUCAUCGAAAGUUUGAAAAGAAACACAUUGAGAAGAAGAGAAAGGAAAAAUCCAAAAAAGGGCAGAAGAGAAAAGAAGAACAAUCAGAUCGCUUAAAAAGGAGAGAAAAAAAAUCUAAAUCAGAAAAGAAGAGAAAAGAAGAACCGCCAACCGAUUCAAAGGAGCAGAACGAUGGGCAGCAGGUCUCCAAAUUUGUGAUAGCAGGAUUAAGUAGUACAACGGGUCGCUCGUCAGAGACCUCUAAUAUAAGCCGUAGCCGUGAAUCAAACGAGCCCAUAGAUCUCACGCAGAAAACAGUUCGGCAAAGAGGAGGAGCUGGACAAUCGGAUACGCGAAAUAGGUUUGGAAAAAUCCAACAGCAAUCAAAAGAAGACAAGAAGGCGCAACAAAAAUCAUCGGACGAAGAGGAGAAAAUCAACCAAAACCAGACUAAACCAAAAAGUAACGAAUUUGACGAAAUCAUUGACUACUGGACAAAUCCGAGCGGGGUGGGGAAGAAGUCAGACGUUGACGAGACGCAUGGUUCGGCUGAUGUUCACACAGCAAGAAGUAUAGAAAAAGAAGAAGGACUUGAACUUUCCAUAGUUCAAGAGCCACGACUCCUACCGAAACAUGUAGCUCCCGCUCGACCGUCGGACGCAGAGAAUGAAUACGACGCAAAACCAAUGAAAGGAACUUCGUGGAACACUUCGAAGCGUAAAGUGGAAGCACAGAAAGCAGGAUCGCUGACUGGUUCAAAGCGUAAAGUGGAGAGACGUAAAUCUUCAUUUAAGCACACCGCCAAAGCCCAUAACCUGAAAGGUCAACUGCCUGAAGGGAGGAUGGAAUCUUUGGCAACAACCAUUCGUUUCAUCACGCUGAACUGCCGAACACUAUCGAGUGAACUCCAACAAGCCGCUCUAUCCAGACUUCUGCGAUAUCUCUGUGUGCCUCUUGCUGCACUGCAGGAAACACGCAUGAGAGAUCGGCCCGUCAUCAGCAUUGAAAAUUACACCACAUACUGCGGCGAUGCUGAUGAGGACAAAGUAGGUGGCUGCGCGAUAGCUGUGAGGAACGAUUACAGGAACCUGGUGGAGAAAUUUGGCUCAACGUCGUCUAGAUGCGCCUUUCUACGACUGCGGGAUAGCAGAGGACAAAAACUCUGGAUCGUAAGUGCUCACGCACCUACGGAGACCGCUGAGGACAACAGUAAGGACGCCUUCUAUGAUGAACUCAAUGCGUUAAUGUCUAAAAUACGAAGCCAGCAGGUGGUCAUUGUCGGAAUCGACGCAAAUGCGAAGAUGGAACUCGAACAGCAAUCCGAUGUGCUAAGAAAAUGGUACUAUGCAGCGGAGCGCACGUCGGACAACGGUGACCGUCUGGUCGACUUGUGCGAACAGACGGGCCUUAUCAUCGCUUCCACGUUUAAGAGGAAUUAUCGACGCCAUCAGCUCACGUGA